GUAACGUUCUUUAACCGUUUCCCCCGUAGUUUAGAGCAGAAUAUCCCCAAAGCUACCCUGUUCAUCCAUUAUGGUCCCCCGCACUUCUGUGUUAAUAAGUCAACAGCAUUAGCCAAUGAAAAAGGACAUGUGUGUCAUUACAGUGAAGCGAUGGGAGAUGAAGAAAAGCAAAGCAAAAUAGGAACAGGGAAGGAAGAGGAUGCUAAUACUUCUGAUGGAUCACUUGAUUUGUGUCACAAUGAUUCAGUCACAGGCAGUGUUGUUGACACACUACGGGAACGAGUUAAAGAAUUGGAAGCUUUGGUGGGAGGGAAAGAAGAAGCCCUCCAUGUCGCCCUCCAGGGCCUGGACAGUGCGAUGGGCGUGGAGGUGGAGUAUCGAGCCCAGUUGGAAGGAUGCAGGGCAAGGGUUGGGGAGUUCCAACAGGCUGUGCAACACAGAGACCAGCUGAUAGAACAGCUCUCAGCUUCCCUGGAACACACACUGAGGGCCAGGGAUGAGUUGGCACAGGAUGGCGAGCGCCUGGCGCAAGAAGUGUCAUUGCUUCGAUCGCAGCUGCAAGCCACUUCCGAGCUGAUGCUUGCACUGGAAGAUACAUCGAAGAAAAAAGAUGCCCGCAUUGAGGAACUACAGCGCCUACUGUCAGAAGAGCAAGGGGCGAAGAAAGAACUUGAGCAAAAGAAAGGAGAACUAACUCAAUACAAAUCACAAGCAGCUACACAUGUGCAGCAACUCAUGCAAGAAGUAGAGCGAUUACACCGUGAAGCUGUCAAUAGCAAGACUCUUGAACGUCAGAGAGCUCAGCAAGUGGUGGGACUGGAGCGAGAACAUCAGAGGCAGUUGGCCGAGUUGCGGGCAGAACUUGAGGAGCAGUUUGGACAGCAGCUGAUGCAUAUACAGGAGAACCACAGAAUCCAAUUCUCUGAGCAGGUUCUAAAGCAACAUCAGUCGGAGGAAGUGGCAAGUAUUUCUAUUACCACAACCACCUCUUCAAAUGACAGCGACACCCAACAGCAGCUGCAGGAGUUGAGCGAGAGAGCCCUCCAUGUGGCCUCGGAGCGAGAGGACCUGGUGAACCAGUUGGCACUUUACAAAGGGCAGGUGCAAAGUCUUUCAGAAGAGCUCCUCAAGUAUUCAUCUGAAACAAAUGAUUCUCAACAGAGUUUGCGUGUUUCCCUGGAAAGCGAGAAUGUGUCUUUAAAAGAGCAACUGCAUUUGUUGAAGGAGAAGCUUCGUACUUCUGAGGAAGACAAGACACAGGAGCUUGUGAUGUAUCAGCAAGCACAGGCCUCUGAAGUUGCCACCUGGCGGAAGCGAGUGGACUCCUUGACUUUGGAGCUGCAGAAAGUAUCAGAGGUGGCUGAGAGCUACUUGUUGCGGCUGGAGGAAUGCACCAAAGUUCACGAGACAGAAAUAACUUCCUUGCAGGAGGCUCAUGCGAAGGAACUUGCGUUUCUCAGUGGGCAGAUGGAAGGUAUGAAGCAGUUCAAAGUGGAAGUGGCUCGCUUACAGGAGAAGCUCCAAGAGCAGACUGUGAUGGAGAAGAGACUGCAGAACGAGUUAGAGACGAGUAUACGGGCCGAGGAAAAACUGAAGGGAAAGUUGUUGGAAAUACAGGAGGAACGGCAGGUGCUACGAAGUGCCUUUGAACAGCAAAAAGAGCUGUUGCACCAACAAGCAAAUAAUGUUGAAAAAUUAAGGAAUGAAUUGCAGGAGAAAGAGAGAUCUGAAUUGUUGUUAAGAGAAGAACUAAAGGUGCUUACUGAUAAGAUAACUUCUGCAAGAGAAGGAGAUGCUAAGUUGUACAAAGAACAGAUAGAUAAACUGAACGAGCAGCUUCAGCAGAAGGUAAAAACAGAAGAAUUGCUUAAAAAGCAAGUGCUGGAGAGAGAGCAGGUUGAGCAGAUGUUGAAGAAAGAAUUAGAGGAACAAACUGACAAGUACAAAUCAGAGCUGAAUUCUGUAAAACAAGUGUUGCAGGAGAAGGUACAAAUUGAGGAUCAGUUGAGAACUGAACUUCAAGAAAAAGUUCAAGAAGGGGUGCUUUUGCAAAACGAGUUAAAAGCUCAGAAGUGUGCUCUGGAGGAACUGAAAAAGAGUACAGGGGAAGCUGAGGUUUACAAAACACAAGUUGAUUCUUUGAAUCGCCAGCUGCAAGAGCGCUCUCAAAGCGAACAUAAAAUAAUCUCGGACUAUGAGUCACGGGUGAAAGCCUUGACGUUUGAUCUCAAUACAAUUGAGAGUAGGUUGAGUUCGGAAGUUCAGGACAUCCAGGCAAGAGCCCGGGAAGAGCUUUUGAGCAAACAGGAGACUGAAAGAAGACUGGAAGGAGAAUUGGAAGCCGUUCGAAAUGAACUACUUACUCUGAAAACCCUGCCAGACGUUCAGGAAUACAAAGAACAGAUUAACAAGCUUAAUCUCUUAGUGCAAGAGAAACAAAAAGCAGAAGGAGCUCUGAAAGCAGAAUUACAGGCGGUUUCUGCUGAAGUGGCUGCACUGAAAGAAAAUCAGCAGCAUUUAGAGAAUUUGAACUCUGACCUGGAGGAACGCCUUCGUACAGAGCAGCGUCUUCAGGAAGAACUGAUUGCAGCCGCAAAGAUGCACAAAGAGCAGGUUGAUGUGCUUAGCGCCAAGAUCAAUGAACUGACAUCCCAACAGAAUUCUCUGGACAAUGAAGCGAUUUCUAUGCGCCAAGAGAUCGAGUCUCAAAAGUCAUACAUUCAUGAUUUGGAACUCAUAAGAGAACAAGUUUCGCAAUCUGCAAAGACCAAGGAGGUGUUGAUUAAUGAUUUGUCUGUGUGUGUCAAGUCCCUUACCGAGGACAAUGCUUCGUAUCAACUAAAGUUAGAUCGCUUAAACAAGCGAUUAGACGACGAGUGUCUCCGUGCUGAUGAGAAUAUGAUGAUGCGUGAAGGGUACGAGAAGGAGAUUUCUAAGCACAAGCAGCACAUAGAAGAGCUCAAGAACAACCUGCAGGAAGCGUUGAAGACCAGAGAUCUUCAUCUCAUUGAAAUUUCAGAGUGUCAGCAAGAGUUAAAGGGUUAUAAAGAACAGUUGGAAACCUUAAACAACACAUUUGAAGAAGAAACUUCACGUUUGAGGCAGGAGUAUGUGCAGAAAAUGAAUGAGGAGAGGAAAAGGGCAGAGGAGCUUGGAAAGGAGCUUGCAGACAUAAGAAAAGAAGUGUCUUCAUACAAAGAGCAAAUCGAAAAACUGAAUGAGACAGCCACCAAGAAGGAGAAGGCUGAAGUAAUACAUAAAAAAGAGAUGGCAGAAUUAAAUAAAGAGCUCUUGGAAGUGAAAAACAACUUAAAAGAGAAGAAAAAUCAGAUUGAGGAGUUUCAAGCAAAGCUAACACAUGUGGAAGAUUGUCAGUCAAAAGAUGUAACGAUGUACACAAAUAAGAUAAGAGAUCUUGAGGCUGAAAUAUCUGUUAAAAACGAACACAUUGGUAAAUUGAGCGUACAGAUGGAAGAGUCUGCCUGUAAAUUUGAUGAUGUCAACAAGCUUUUGCUGCAAGCUCAACAGCAGUUUGUGCAAGAAAGAGAGAACAAUGCGGGACUUCUUUGGGAGAAAAUGAGCACUGAUGCAAAAUCCCGGAAACCAGAAGACCAGGUAGUAGAAGAAGAACAGAUGCAGAACGUGUCGGCAAUGCAAGCUGGUCUCCAAGAGCUGAAUGUUACUCAGGAAAAGAGCCCGAAGGACAGAGACAGCUUAAAUUUCAGUAGUAUUUCAGAAACAGAAUUGUUGCAAUUGGAAAGCAAGUUACAACAUGCCCUAAAUGAAAAGAAUGACAUAGAAAAAUCUUUCAGAGAUCAUAUUAACAAGUUAGCAGAAAAUCACCAGAAAGAGGUAAAUCUAUACGAAGAACAGUUGCAAGCAGUCCAUAAAAAGUUAGAAGAUCUCAUGAAAACCCAUUCACAAUGUGAAUCAGAGAAAGAAUCUUUGAAGACUGAAAUAGAUAAAUUAUUAAUAGAUCAUGAAAAGACCAGUUCAUACAAAGAUAAGUUGAAAGUCACUUUUGAGAAAUUGGAAGAACUUUCCCAAGUGCACAGAAGCUGCCAUGCUGAACAAGAAGCUCUUAAAAGCCUCGUUACUGGAUUAGAGAAGGAUCAAAAAGAGAAAGACGACUUGUUGCUUGAAGCGGGAAGAAAGUAUGAGCAACUUUCAAGAGCACAUGGUGGUUGUGUUUCUGAGAAAGAAAAUUUUACUGCUCACAUUAAUAAAUUAUCUGCCAGAUACGAAAAUGAGAUAACGGAAUAUGUUCAGCAAUUGAAAGAAGCCAGUGAAAAAAUAGAUGAACUCUCUAGAAGUAAUGCUAAUUGUCUUGCUGAAAACGGCUCUUUGAAAGAAAGCUUGACUAAAAUGACUGAAAUUUGUGAAGAGGUCACACUGUAUAAAGAUCAGUUGAGGAUAACAAACGAAAGGCUUGAAGAAAUUUCUAAAAUCCACACAGAGUGUGUGUCUGAGAAAGAUUCUUUUGUGAGGAAGGUGUCUGAACAAGAAAUUACCCUUCAAGAUCAAGAAAGUGUCCUUCAAAAGAAGUCAGAAGCUUUAGACGCUUGUCAGAAGGAUCUGACACGAACCAGAGAGUACAUAGAACUCUUGAAAGUUAACCUUCAGGAUGAAAUCUCAAAAGUGCGAGUUGAGUUGCACAAUCUAGUCAAUAUUUGUGCUCCGAAUAAAGAGACCAUGAAUGAGGAGGACAAUAAACAAAAAAGUAGUGAAGAGUCUUCUUUCAUGAAUGGUAAAGACAACUGGAGUCCAGAUUGGUCACAAAAAGAAGGACAUGGAAGUUUGGAGCAGAGCUUUGUUAGUGCAGCCACCAUACAUCAUGAUGUGUCAGCUUUACGUAGCCAUGUAGAGAGACUUGUUUCAGAUCUACAUUCAAUUAAACAGAAGUCUUCUGCCACUGAAGGAUUAUUAGCUGCAAAAGAGGAAAAUGAAAUAAUUCUCAAGAAACGUAUUGAUCACUUGCAGAAAGAGUUGGGUAAAAUUGAUGAAGAGAAAAAGAGUUCUAAAGAACAGUUGGAAGAACUUACUGUUAAAUUUUUAACCGCUCAGUCCCUCCUUGCUGGAAAAACUGAAGCAGAAAGUUCUCUGCAAAAAGAGGUAGCAGAAAUGGAAGUGGGGGCAUGUAAUAAGUGCAAAAACUUAGAAGAAGAAAUAUCUCGUCUUAAUUCAAAAUUAUUGGACAGUGAAGAGAAACUGAGGAAUAUUGAAAGAGAAAGAGACAAAAUUGUUAAUAAGUACAAACAAUCUGAGAAAGAUAAAGAAAAAUUACUUGAGGAAAAGGCAGAUUUAGCUAAUGCAAUUGAACAGUUAAAGACUGAGAACUCACUCGCAACCUAUGGUGCUGAAUCUGAAGGAUUGUUGAAAAUGUCACAAAAUUCGCAGAAUAAUUUAGUUCUUCAGUAUAAUGUCCUCCUAGAUGAACAUAGAAAAUUGCUUGCUGAGAAGAGCAAAGUGGAGGAACUUUUGGAAGAAAGGAAGGCUGAACUUGUUCGCAUGAGAGAACAGCAGAACGAAAUAUCUUCAACAGCUGGUGAGUUGCGACAUGAAGGAAUGGGUGUAGAGAAGGGUACGCAAGAGCAGUUGGACAGUGUCAAGGAAGAAGCAGCCUGUGUUCAACUUAGAGAGUAUAAUGUGAACAGUAGUAAUCUGAGCACAUCUUUGGAUUUCUUGGAUCUUGGAGUACGUGGACUGGAAGAAAGCGAUGCAGCAGAUGCUGCUACUGUUCAUGCAGCAGGUGAUGCUGCGAGCUCACUGAAGCCAAAUAGAUCCUUGCAUGCUGUUGUUCUGAAAUUAAUGCAGCAUUGUGCUGUGUUGGAUGCAGCUAAAAGAACACUAGCAUCUGAAUGUGAUGCAUUGCGUGGUCGUUUGGAAGAAAGGGAAGCACAAGAGCUACUUUUCAACGAAGAAUUGGCUGCUGCAAAUUCGCGCUGUGAGGCUCUGGAGCUGCGUCUGCAGGACGCUCAGCAGCAGGAACCCACGCGGGAGGCAUUGGCCGGCGCGAAAAUGGCCCUGCAGUGUGAGCUGCGUGCCUUGGAAGGGGAAAACUGUGCUCUGAAAGCAGCAAAGGUUUCUCUCCAGGAUGAGCUUCUGUCCCUGCGUGAGGAACUGCAACACUUGAAGAAGAUGGGAUCUAGGAACAGCGAUCCUAAGGGUCUUGGCCAGGAAUUGGCAGUGAAAGUGACAGAAGUGGCUAUUUUGCAAGAGAAGCUUAAAGUUACAGAACGCGAUAGUCAGAUGUUCCUGGAGGAUGCUCGACGCACCCGGGAGCAGCUGGAGGCAGCCUGGCAGGAGCAGGCGGAUGCUGAGGAGCAGCUGGGUCGCACUCGCUGCGAGCUGGCCAUCGCAGGCCUGCGGAGGGAGAGCAAGGCGAGUGGCCUGGACAGUUCUGCCGUUGCGCUUCCUGACGCUGGUGAGAGCCCCGUCUUCCACCUGCAUCAGGAAGUGCACACCAUGGUGGAGGAAAUGGCUCAGGAGUUGGUGAGUUUGCGUCGAGAGCUACAGAGCGAGCGCACGCGCAAUGAACAUAUGGUGCUGGAAAGGAGUUGUACUCAGGAACCUUUGGAAAUGGAACGGAAACUCAAGGCAUUGAUGAAGAGCAACUUAGAAUUACUGCAGGAAAAGCAGAAUUUAUUAGACCAACUUCAAAAGCAACAAGCUCACACACUUGCUCAGAGUUCCAGUUCCCAGGAAGGCCCCUCUGCAGAAGUAGACCUCUUGGCGAAGCUGUCAGUGUACAGGGAGCAGCAUGCAAGCCUUGCAGAAGCCGUUGGUUCAACUGGUGCUCUGCAAGAAGCGCUUCGCCAGCAGAAAGAAGAACUCUUGGCUUUGGUGCAGGAACUAUUCCAACAGAAGUGCAACCUGCAGGCAGAGUUACAGCAGCUGGAAGACAAGUUGAGGGAGCGUGAACAAAUGCUGCAGAUCCAGAGAGUGGAGAGAAAGUUGGAUGAAAGCCUGAGGGAGUCGCCUGGUUCGGAAGAAGCCCAGAAGGAAGCGGACGCUUCCACCACUGAGCUCCAGGGCCACUUGCAGACGCUCCGAGAGGAAAUGCACAGGGCUCAUAGAGAGGCUGUCGCUCGCCUCAAGCAGCACCUGGAUGCAGAAUUUAGUGCGCGUGAGCAGGCUCUGAGGGCGGGCUUCUCGGCAGAAAUGGCCAGUGCGCAGGCCACCCACAGGGAACAGUUGGCCAAGCUGCAGCAUGCCCUUCUGAGCGCAGAGAAGGAGCUAGAGCGGCUGCGAAAUGCUCAUCUUGCAACAACUUUGGGCAGUGCUGGCCAUAUGUCAACGGAAUUAUCUGCAGCAAAGGAGAGAUAUGAACAGGAGCUGCACACAAUCUGCUCUGGUCUCGAUGAAGGACAAGCUCAUCUCUUUGCUGUCCUUAAGCAUUUGUUUGAGGAAUUUGCAAGGCAACUGGUGGCUGGAACAACUACUCUUCUUCAGAGCCAGAACGAGCAACUUGUGGAGAGGGAAGUGGCCACAUUGACCUCCCACCAUCAACAGCAGUUGGAAUGCCUCCGAGCUACAUUGGAAAAAGAACACUUGAAGACACUGCAAGAACUGGAGAAUAAUGAAGAAGUCGCUGCAAAGCUCCUUUUGAACGUGAGCACUGGAGUACAACUCCACUCUGCAGAUUCAAGCCAAGUUGCACUCGUUCAACUGAAACAUCUUUUAUACUCGGAGUACACAAGUGCUCUUAGGGAAGUGACAAAGGAUUGGGCGUCAGCCUGGAAGGAAGAAGUGCACUCUCAGCUGGAGGCCUUGGAGAAAGCUUUGGAAGAGGAGGCCAUGGCUUUGCAGCUGCUCAGAGAUUCCCCAGAGGUGCAGGGCUCAGGCACACGGGACCCUGGCACUUCCAAGACCUUGGAAGAGCUUCUACGUGACGCGGAGAAACUGACAACUCGAGCGGAGGAGCUGCUGGAACGCAAAGUCAAAGUUGCAGAGCAAGCUCUUCGAGUGGUGAGUGAACGCCUUGAUGCUGCGUUUGCUCCUGUGGCAGAGCGUACAAAGCAAAUGGCAUCUACACAUCAAAUUUCAAGAGGAACCAACUCUAUUGAAGGAGAGGCAGAGAAAGAUCAGUACAGGAAACUGGCGCAACAGCUGGCAGCAGAACAUGCAGCAGAGGCUGGUCGUUUACGUGAAUUGCUGGCACAGCUAGAAGCAAGACGUGCACGGGAAAUGGAAGAACUGCGCCAGUACUUCGAGCAAAAAGUUCAGGAGCUUGAAAAGCAUUACUCAGAAGAGAUCACAAGUCAGCACAGCCGUCGCCAUUCUAGCAGCAGUUGUGAUUCAGACAGUGAGUUCACAGCCGACGCGCUGUUGGGUGCAGGUGAUCAUGCUCUCAAUCGCAUUCCUCCACUCACCCACAUUUGCGAUUCCUGUGCUGCUGAUCCUGGAUACAAGGAACUGGAGGAGCGCUGGAAGGGGGAGCUGGAGAAGCGCGUUGAAGAGAGUCGCAGUCAGUUGCUGGCUGCUAAGAAGGAGUUGGAAGCCCAUUACGAAACGGAGCUCUCUACUCUGAGGAAGAAGUAUGAAGAGAAGCUUGGCCGCCUCGCGCAGGAGCUCAGCGGUGCUCAGCAGGCAGCUGUGCAAGUAGCUAAGGCCAGUGCCGGGAAGUGUCUCCAGGCACUUUGGCGCAAAGAAGUACGAGCAGCAAGGACACGACUUUUGGCAUUGCUAUCGCAGAAUUCUCCUGACAGUCCCAUAUAUUCUCAGGCUGAGGAGUCACUGGAUGGGAAAGCAGAAUCCUUUGAGUCCAUUAGUAAUCUUGUAGAAAAUGAUGCACAAGAUCAGGAAACAUUGGAGGAUUUGUGCAUUGAGUUGAGUUCUCAAUUGAGGCAGCUAGAGGCAACAUGCAGACAGUGUCUUCUGAAACAGAAGCAACAAUUGCAGAAGGUGAAAGAAGCUCACACAGAGUUUGCACUUGAAGAAGCCAGUACUCAGUCUGUCGAACAGGUACUCAAUAAGGUGCAGUUGGAGGAGAAAUUGCGUCGGGAGGUGCGUCAGGAGCUGGAACAGGAGUUGGAACAGCAAAACAUGUUUAUUGAGAACCAGAAUCAGAUGAUGAAAGAAUUUCUGGAACAGCAUCGCUACGACUUGGAAAGUCUUAAACAGCAACACCGUGCAGAACUUUCCAAAGUCAGAGGAGGUGACAGAACUAUUGGGAUGACGCAGACGGAUACCCUGUCUCUCAUGAGGCGUCAUGAGACCUCUCAAACUGAUCAGCCAAAGACACCAAACAGAACAGAUGCAGCAGUCUCUCCAAAACACUUUGUCAAGCUACACAAACAAGUCCAAACGGAGGAGCCAGAGCCGGCAAAUGUGUUGAUGGCUUCCCAAGAGGUGCAAACCAGCCCCAGGAAGGGCUCUCCUGCCCUUCUGGAUGUCAGCAGCACUGAUCGCCUUCGGGCCCAACCUUUUGACGGAAACUCACUGUCAUUGCUGUCCGAUGUCGUGAGCCUUAUGGAGCCAGCCCCAGAAGAUGGGGCAGAAGACGAACAGGAGGGAGCUGACUUCAGGAGGACCUUGAUGAACAUACAGUCUGAAUAUGUUAACCACCUAGAAGCUAUGUUGCUGGAAUGGUUGAGACUCUAUCAGAAGAUGAAAAAUGGGCAGAUUCUUGGAGAAAGUGAUGCAAAAUUUCUGACUCGAGAAUAUGUUUUAGAUUGUGGUUCUAAAUUCAAAUCUGUUUUAUCCAACCUGGAGUCGAUACAUUUAUCUGAAAUCAGUAACUUGCAGGCAGCUUUACAAAGGCAAAGAUCAUCCUCCAGAUCACCUUACAACAUUCAAGAUGAUUGCAAUGAUGAACUUAUAUCUCCUGAUAAAUUUGCUGCAUUAAUUCAAGAAAGGGAUCACUGGCGGCGUGUAGGGCUUGUACUGAAAAAGCUUGUGGAGGAGCUGCUGACGUAUCUCUCGGAGUGUGAAGACGAGGUGAACCAGACGUUUUUGAGUGAAGGGGGAGUUGUGCAGGAAGAGAAGUGGUCACUGGCAGGCCCUCCAAUGGCAGAGGAAGUGGGCCCUACCAACUCUGGCCCGGCAAUGGCCACACCCAAGCGCACGCCCAAGAGAGUGCGAUUCGCACCCACCAGCUUUAACUUCAAGGACCUGGUUGGUAACGACGAUCAGAUGUUACUGGACAUCAUUCGAGAGGACGAAGACCUGUCUGGAAAGUUGCGAGCAGAGUUGGACGUUUGUUUGGAGCACUUACGAGCAGAGGCAGCUGCGUUGAUGGAGAAUCCACUGGCAGGUGGGCAAUGGGCUAUGGACAGCACGCCGUCCACUCCCGUCCAAAACACCCGGAUCGAGGGAGGGCAAAUAGAGGCCAUGGCCCAAGCGCUGACAGCUGCCAAACAGCGCAUUGCCCACCUGGAGACGGAGCGGCGCCUGGGGGUGCGCUCGGAAGAAGUGGCGGAAGGCUUUGGGGAGCAGCCGUCGUCCUCGCAGCAAGGGGCUGCCUUGGGGCUACGCCUGCAGAGCCUCUCGCAGCUGCAAGACAAGGCGCGCUCCAUGUUGGCAGAAGGUCGUCCCUCUAGCCCCCAAGAGGCCCAGCAGCUGCGGCUCCUGGAUGAGAUCUGCCGCGAGGGGGAUCGUCUGGCAGAGGAAGCACGACGUGAACGGGAAGAUCUUCGGCAGCAGGUGCCUCCCCCAACCUCUUCCCCUGACCUGCCUCUCGCGCACUCUGUGUGCUGCGCGUGCUGCCUUAAGGUUGAGAGUGCAGACAAAAGAUUGCGCGAUACCCGUCGUUUCUUAGAAGAACAGGCUGCAGAACGAGAACAGGAGCGAGAUGAGUUUCAACAGGAACUAUUGCGUUUGCAAGAGCAGCUCAAAGCACGGGAGAAAGAUUUGGCUGACCAACAACGACUCUCUCGGGAGGUGGAGGCCUUGGAACAACAGGGCAAGGAGGCCUUAGCGCGCCACCAGCAACUGGAAGCCCACCGCGAAGCCUUGCAGGUGGAGCUCAAGGCAGCAGUGGACAAGGUGUGGCUGCUGCGUGAUGUUGUGGCAGAACUGGAGCUGCAAGCGGAAGCAAAGGAUGCUCGAGCAGCCCACUUGGAGGCGCGGCUUGAAUCCUUGCGUGCAGAGGGUGGCUCUGAAAUUUCUCGACAGGUGGCAGCUCUUCAGGAGCAAUUGCAUGCUCAUCGCCUGCAAGCAGAACAAUGCCGGCCUGCUGCGAUAAAGCAGAUGAAGGCACAAAUUCGAGAGAUGGAAGUCAAUGUGGAGAAACGCACUCAUCAGUUGGAAGCCCUGCAUGCCACAUCAUCUAAUCAGAGCUCUCCUUCUGAGGAUGUGUCUGUCAGGGACAUGUUCCGGAGCGACUCUCCUGAGGACAUGAGGGCUGCCAGCGCCUCCCCGUCACUGACUGGCUCUAUGGGCUCUUCGCCCCGCUCACCCCCUCCAGUCCCUCUCCCAGUACGCGAGCUGUCUCGUCUGCAGGAGCGUCUCCAGCGCCAUGCUAGAGCUGAGGAAGCGGCACUUAAGAAAACAAGAGAUCUGGAGAUGCAACUGAAAGCAGCCCGACGAGCAGAGGAGGAGGCGAGUGCAGAACGAGAUGUACUCCAGGAGCGAGUGUCAGAGCAGCUGCUGCGCAUCGCCUCCCUGGAGGCUCUGGUGGACGCGGGGCGGUGGAAGCGCACCUCCGAGGAGGAAGAGGCUGUGGAGCUGGAGGAGCUGCGCGAGCAGCAGUUGCUGCAGCAGCGGGCGCAGGACGCGGAAGACGAGGCCGAGCGGCUGGCAGUGGAACUGGAUGGUGUGCGACAGGAGCUGCAGCAUCUGAAGGAAGCGAAUGCGGAGGCAGAGGCUGCGUGGGCCGAGCGAGAGAGGACCCUGGGAGCUCAACUGCUGAUCGCUCAGAGGGCAGAGGCUGCUGCAGCAAUGCGCUGCGCGGCGCUGGAGAAGGAAGGACCUCAGCAGAAGCCUGAUGGGGCAGGGGCAGACAGGGAUGCUGUGGAUAAGGGCGUGGCGGUGGCGGGCGAGGCGUCGGAGCGCGAGCGGCGCCUGCAGCAGGAGCUGGGCGCGGCGCGCGCGGAGGCGGCGCAGCUGCGCGCGCAGGCGGCCGAGGUGGCGGAGCUGGAGUCGAUGGCCGAGUGCCUGCAGACGCGCAUGGACGCCGCCGCCGACCACCUCGCCGACAUGGUGGACGCCGAGGAGGCGCACGCCGACGACCGGCUCGCCUUCCUCUCCGGACAGCUGGCGGCGGAGAAGGCGCGCUCGGAGGAGCUGGGGGCGCGGCUGCGCGCGCUGGAGGGCCAGGCGUCGGGCCAGGCGUCCGGCAAGGCGUCGAGCGACGCGUCGGUGGCCGCCUCCAUGCUGCCCCCGGAGGCCGAGGCGGCGCUGGAGGAGGCGGCGCGCCUGCGCCUGCAGCUUCAGGACGCGUUGCGCGAGCGCGACGAGCUGCGCAGGCAGUGCGACGCCGCCGCAGAAUCAGCCCAGUUGGACUCGUCUCUCCGGGACCACAUCACCACUGUGGAGGAAAAGGGUUUGGCAGCACAUUGUGGAUUUGAUGGUGAAGCUGCAACCAGGGACAAUGCUAUGCAUAGUCUGCAGCAUGAGUUAUACCAGAUUGCAGACAACCAACCACAUACAAGGCACACCAUUCAGUUGGUACAAGCUGCUCCCAUUCCUUCUCUUACUGCUCCUCCCCAACUGGUGCAUAUCAGUGAACAGACUCUGCACAUGCAGCAAGAAUUGCAACGACUACACCAGCAACUGCAUCAGCAACUCCAGCAAAUGCAGGCUGCUGCUCAGGCGCACAAUCAAAGGGAGCAUGAGCUGGCUACAACCAUUCUGGCCGAGCAGGAGCGUGUGAGUGAGCUGCAACGUGCUCUGCGCAAGGAGCAGCGGCAUGCCCUGGACUUGCAGAGCCAGCUAGCGUCACAUGCCGUGCGAGCAGGCCUGGCAGUGGACGAAACGCGUUUGCAUCAAGCCAGCCGAGAGGCUGAACAGGAGAGGGCGAGAGCUCAAUCCCUGGAGCAGCAGCUGCAGCAGGAGCGGGCAAUCAUUCGCCAGCUCAAAAGUGCGGUUCUUACUGAACGCCAACGGUUCCAAGCAGCGCAACGUAGAGAUGCAGAACUACUGCAGACUCUGAGAUUACGGCUGGGUGAGAUGGCAGCUACAACUGGUGAUAAGCUCCAGCAAGGCAGCCACAGAGCAUCAACGCCUGUCCUGCCUUUAUCCCCAGUGCAGCUGUCAUCGCCCCCUUCAAGCUUGGAAGCAGCUUUGAACGUAGCAGCCCAGUCUCCAGCUGCACUCCAAGCAGAUGCGUGGGCAUCUGCAGAAGCAUUGGCAGAGCUGCAGAGGAGAUUAUCAGACGCGCAAGAAGAAACGAGAGGGCUGCGCAGAAGACUGAACAGAGAACAAGAGACGUCUCAACAGUUGAGAGCAGAGCUGAAUUUGGUUAGAGGUCAUAAUGAUGCCUUAGACACCCAGACGAAUGUUGCACGUUUGGAGGCAGAGCUUGCAGCUGAGCGAGCAGUGAGAGAAGAUGCAGUGGCAGAGUCUGCGCAGCUGCAAAGGGAUUUGGAGGCAUUACGCAGAGAAGCAGAUGUGGCGGCAGCUUCAGCAGCAACAGCAACUGCAGCAGCAGCAUCUGUACGAAUACGAAGCCCACCUGAAUCACCUGUUGAAGAACCUGAUAUGAAUGCCUCACUGGAUCAGCAAAUGAGAGAUCAUAGCAAAGUUGCUCUCACGCUUGCUCGUUUGACAAGUGAGGGAAAAGCUCGUGCCACAGUGAGCCGCCUAACAGCUGAGAAGGCCUCUGUGAUGGAAGAAUGCAUUGCCCUGCGGCUGGAGUUGGCUCGGGCAAAAGAGGAGCUGUGUCGCAGGCACGGUGAAACAGCAGACACUGAGGAGCUCGAAAACAGAGUGAAUCAUCUGUUUGGACGGUACCUGCGUGCAGAAAGCUAUCGAAAGGCUCUUGCCUGGCAGAAAAAGUAUUUGUUGAUAGCACUGGGAGGCUACCAGCAGACAGAGGCCUACACUCUGAGCAGGCUUGCACAUGUUGGGGCAACGAUACCUCAUCGCAUAUCGGAACAGAGUAGUGGCAGAAGGAGACAGGCUCGCUUCCGAUCAGCUGCCUUUGUCAUUGUGGCUAUUCAUCGAAUGAAGUUCCUGAUUCAAAGAUGGUACCGUGGCCGCCAAAUAGGAGGCAGCACUGUUUUGAACCAUGCUUAUAGUGAAAGCGUUUUCAGUGGAAUAUCUGCACAAGGCCUGAGGAGGGGAGGCAGCUCUGCGCCUUCGGUGAGCAGCUGGAGUGUGCCAGCAUCAGCCUCCGUGUCCCUGGGCACCGUUCCCCACUCCCCACCCAGCCACGACCACUCCUCCUACAAUGGACGGUCCCUGCACAGGUCCGAAGCUACCCGCCUGCCACUAUGGAGGAGUAUGGAUGGUCUGACUGGAAGUCUGCCGAGGAGUGUGACACCUAGCCGCUUGGCGCAGUUUGUGGAGCGCUGCGAUUCCCUGCAGCAGCGCCUGGGGCUGGCGACAGCGCCACUGGUGACGCUAGCCACUUCACCUUCGCGAUCACCUCACAGAGGAGAGAACUAGUCCAAUGUUGCCUUAGUACUCCACACAUGCACUUUUGAAGGAAUGAUGUGCAUUGGUGGAGAAAAAGUUGUUGUGGAUAAUUUAUUUUUAAAGAAUUAUAGCAUGAAUUUUGUAGCAUUACAAUGCAUCACUUUGUUUUUAUAAUUACAUAUAUGUACAACAUGCUGCUAGAGUUUUGACAGAUUACGUAAUAUAUUAUAUAAUGUUGGUUGAUUCAUCCUUGACAAUGAUUUAAAUACUAGAAGAAUACUUUUAAGAAUAUUUUUUUGAAAAAAGUCUAUUUAAAAUUUUGAUCCAAGUAUAGUAGCAAAUACAAUGUCCACUUGUUAAAGAUUUAAAAUGUAUAGUCUCUUUCCCGUUCAACCUUGUUCUGUAGUUUUUGACACAUAUUCUAUGCUAAUGUUUGACUUAAAAUCAAAAAUAGAACACAGUGCAGAUAGAAAACUGUGAUUUCCUCUUAACCUUGAUAAAAGUGUUUUAUCAUGAGUGAAAUAGAAUUUUUCAAUCUAAAAAUUAUUAAAGUGCAUUCCGUAGGAAAGAGCUCUAAAUUUAAAUUAAUAAAUUUGAAAUAUCCUAUUCAAUAUGAAGAAGCACACAUCAGUUUGGUUGUACAAUUAUCUGAAUCAUCAGUUCUGUUGUUACUGAUGCUUAUAAGUGAAGGCAGUUGGUUUCUUUUAGUUGUUACCUGAGAAUCUUGUUAAAAUUGUAUGAGUACCUAAUAAAGUAUGUUUUUUAUUUUUUGAUCAAAUCUAACAAGAUGUAUAUAUAUGAUUUUUUAUUAAUGGACUGAUAUUUUCUUUCUUCUGAUGACAAUUAAUGUGAUGUAUUUCCGAAGUAUUAGAUCUAAUUUUUUAGUUAAAUUAAUUUUUAUUAAUUAUAACAAUCAACAAAUUGGAGAUUGUAGUAUCUUGGUGCAAAAAUUUGAAGUUAUGUGACUGAAAGCAUUGAAUGGAUUUUUUUUAUAUACCAGGUACGUUUUUAUUAGAAUUUACAUGUGAUGUGAAUCUUCUCAAUAUAAUUUCAUCAUCAGUUCAGUUUUGGUAAUUGAUGAUGUGCACUUGCCAUUGAGUUGUAAAUUUCAUGUUGUGAUUUUUGUAACACAAUAUUUUAAUGAGUGAGUUUCUUCACGCACUAUUUCUUUAUAGACACUGUCGUAUGCUAGAACAAUACAAGUCUUUAUUUUUUGAGACACUUAUAAGUGCCCAACUUGGGAUUUGUAGUGUGUCACCAGUUUUUAAGGGACCAACAUGUGUUACCAGUGAGAAUGUCAUUUUUGUAGCACUCUCCUUACUUUUCAUGUGGUCCGUCAGUACUGUCUUUGGUUUCUCAAGCAUGAGUGAGAGUGUCCGUUUCUUGGAACAACUAUGUUGAAUUUCAGUCCUACAUUAUGGUGCUGAUGCCAGUGUAUCUAUUCCUAUUAUCAUCACAACAAAUUAUGUAGUGUGUUUCUCAUCGUGCCUAGUUGUGUGUGUGUGCAUAAAUUAUUAGUUGAGGAAUAAAAAAUUAAUAUAUUCUUACUAAGCA